GUCAUCACGCCCAUCCCGUGAUUUCCGGAAAGAGCGCGACUGGGAUAUGACACAGGGCGAAUGGAAGACUGACGAAAACAACCGGAACUGUUGAGGAAAAAUCUGGACGGGCUGCGAGGAGCGACACGAAUAGUUUCAACAUUUUGCACAGCGAACAAGUGCAAAAGUUACAGUGAAAACAUCGCGGCGUAGAUUCACUGGACACGGAGGAAGCGAAGAAGAGGCGCCAUGGAAGCGGUGCCGCGGAUGCCCAUGAUCUGGCUGGAUCUGAAAGAGGCCGGAGAGUUCCAGUUCGGGGCCUCGGUGAGGCAGUUCAUCCUGAAGAACUACGGCGAAAACCCAGACAACUACAACGAGCAGCUGAAGAAGCUGGAGCAGCUGCGCCAGAGUGCGGUUAACGUCACCCGGGACUUUGAGGGCUGCAGUACGCUCAGGAAGUACUUUGGACAACUGCACUACCUGCAGAGCCGUGUCCCAUUGGGUGCUGGUCAAGAAGCUGCUGUUCCCAUCUCCUGGACGGAGAUAUUUUCUGGAAAGACGGUGACCCACGAUGACAUCUGCUACGAACAGGCCUGCAUCCUCUACAAUCUGGGGGCUCUGCACUCAAUGCUAGGGGCCAUGGACAACAGGGUAUCGGAGGAGGGUAUGAAGGUGUCCUGCACCCACUUCCAGUGCUCAGCUGGCGCCUUCUCCUACCUGAGGGACCACUUCAACCACAACUACAGCGUGGACAUGAGCCACCAGAUCCUCAAUCUCAACAUCAACCUCAUGCUGGGCCAGGCUCAGGAGUGUUUGCUGGAGAAGUCCAUGCUGGACAACAGGAAGAGCUUCCUGGUGGCUCGCAUCAGUGCCCAGGUGGUGGAUUACUACAAGGAGGCGUGCCGGGCACUGGAGAACUCAGAAACGGCUUCGCUACUGGGAAAAAUCCAGAAGGACUGGAAGAAGCUGGUGCAGAUGAAGAUCUACUACUUUGCUGCCAUCGCCCAUCUGCAUAUGGGGAAGCAGGCGGAGGAGCAGCAGAAGUACGGAGAGAGGCUGGCCUACCUGCAGAGCUCCUUAGACAAGCUGAAUGAGGCGAUGAAGCUUGCCAAGGGCCAACCAGACAGCGUCCAAGAGGCACUGCGCUUCACGAUGGACGUCAUCGGGGGAAAGUUCAACUCGGCCAAGAAAGACAACGACUUCAUCUACCACGAGCCUGUCCCCGCGCUAGAUACCCUGCCUUCUGUCAAAGGUGCCCCGCUAGUGAAGGGCCUGCCGGUGAACCCCACGGACCCAAGCGUCACAGGGCCGGACAUAUUCUCCAAGCUGGUACCCAUGGCUGCCCAUGAGGCGUCCUCGCUCUACAGCGAGGAGAAGGCCAAGCUGCUGCGGGACGUUAUGGCCAAGAUCGAAAGCAAGAACGAGACCCUCAAUCAGUUCAUGGACUCGCUAUGCUUGGACUCGGACUCAGUGGACAACCUGGACAUGUACAGUCACAUUCCUGCCGUACUCAUGGAGAAGUGCGCUGCCCUCAGUGUGAGGCCCGACACUGUAAAGAGCCUCACGCAGUCCAUGCAAGCCCUGUCGGGUGUGUUCACGGAUGUGGAGGCCUCGCUGCGGGAGAUCGGCGAUGUUCUCAAUGAGGACGAAUCGGGUGAGCGGAGCCUGGAGGCAACCGGGGCGAAGGUGCCCCCGCGUCCUGCUACUCUCGCCGAGCUGCGCCGGGACCUGGACAAGUACCUGGAGGCCCACGAGAAGGCGAGCUUCACCAACACGGAGCUGCACCGCGCCAUGAACCUGCAUGUGCCCAACCUGCGGCUGCUAGGCGGCCCCCUCGACGCCCUCCGGGAGGCGCUUCCCCGGCCCCAGCUCAGUGAGGAGGAGGUAGCAGCCGUGCAGUGCAUGAAGCGCAUCUUGGGGAAGGUUCAGGAGAUGCGUGACCAGCGGAGCUCCCUGGAGAAGCAGCUGCGUGAGCUCAUCCAGCAGGAUGACAUCACUGCCGCCUUGGUCACCACGGAUCGCACUGACAUGAAGAGAUUGUUUGAGGAGCAGCUCAAGAAGUACGAGCAAGUAAAGAUCUACAUCGACCAGAACCUGUCUGCCCAGGAGAACAUCCUGAAGGCCCUGACGGAAGCUAAUGUGCAGUACGCCCUGGUGCGCAAAGGCCUCGUCGAGACAGAACACAAGUGGAACAGCACGGUGCAGAUGCUGGUGGCCUCCUACGAGGCCUACGAGGACCUGAUGAAGAAGUCGCAGGAGGGCAGGGAGUUCUACGAGGACCUGGAGGGCAAGGCGUCACGGCUGCUGGAGCGCGCGCACACCCUCUGCAAGACGCGGGAAGAGGAGCGCCAAGUCCUGCUGGAGCGGGAGCUGCAGAAGAAGGCCCCCCCGCGGCCCACAGCUCCCAAGCCGGCCCUGCAGAAAAAAGCAUCGGACAUGGAUGUGUCCUGCGGCCUGGAGGACCCAGAACUGGCCCAGAUCAAUGCCGCCAUUCUCAGCCUGGGCGGGGAUCUCCCCGAAGAGCUGCGCAGCCUCCCCCCCGAGUUGCCUUUCCCGGGGACAGGAGCAGCACCUGUGCCUUCACUUCAUUGGCCAGGGGUCCCGGCAGGGGUACCGGCCACAAUAUAUGCUCCACCUCGACUUCCCGCCCACUUGGCCCAGCUUCCGCACCAUCCCUCCCAACAGGUUGCAGGCUACCCCCCAGCUGGCCUCCCCCGCGGCGGUGCACCCCACAUCCAAUCCCAUUUUCCCCAGGUUCCUGCCCCCCAGCUCUCCUCCGUCUCUAGCAUCAGCCCACAGGCGCAGCCCUGCCCUCCAGGGGCUGCUAUGGCCCUGCGACCCUCCACUACCACGGUGGACUGCGUGCAGACGCCCAUCCCCAGCUACUCCCCGGCACCCGGGCUGCACAUAGCUCAACGCCCGCUGCCCCCAGUGGUCUCCAGCGGGUAUGGAGUGCCUGCUCAGAUGGGUCACUUUCCUCAGUACCCCCCCCAGGCAGGCAUUCCCAUGCAGCAGCAGCAGCCCCCCAAGGGAAGCCUUCCUAUGCAGCAGCAGCCCCCCCAGGCAGGUGUUCCCAUGCAGCAGCCCCCCCAGGGCAGCCUACCUAUGCAGCAGCAGCCUCCCCAGGGCAGUAUUCCCAUACAGCAGCCGCAGCCCCCCCAGACAGGCCUUCCCAUGCAGCAGCAGCCCUGCCAGCCUCACUCCCAGUACCAAUCAGGCCCAGCUCAGCUCCCCUUGCACGUGCAACCCCAAUACCCCCAGUAUGUGCCCCCGGCCCAACAGCCUGUCCCUCCCCGCUUCCAGCAACCUGCCUUCCCCUCAAGACAGCUCCCUCCUCACUUACACCCCGGCAUCCCCCACCAGCCCUCCCAACCAGGCUACCCCCCGCAGGCUGUGCCUAGACCCCUCCACAUGAUGCCCGGUGCUCCCUCUCCCCCAUCCUCCCAGACACCGCUUCUCCCUCAUGCUGCCCACCCACAGAUACCACCCAGCUCCCAAGCUGUACUGCCCAGAGCCCCCCCUCCUGCGCAGCCACAAAUACCUCCGGCCGUGCCCCUCUCGCAGCCCCCGGUGCUUCCAGGUAUUGUGCCCCACCCCACACAGGUCCCCCCUGUCUCAGGACCUUCCCUCCCUCUUCCUGGAACACUGCCCCCUCAGCAGCCUGGCCCUGGAUGCUACCCUGGGGGAGCUCCAAUGAUGCCUCCACAGCCAACAUCUCAAGCCUCUUGUGCUACUUACUCUGCCCCUCCCCCCAGGGGUCCCCUUCAGCAUCUUGCUUCCAUGGGGCCGCAGCCCCUCCCACAGCACAUGAUCCCGCCUUCCACAGGGCCGUCGGUCACCCAGCAGCCCGGCGCGAUGCUGCCUUCCGCUGCCUUGUCCCCAUCUCCGGCUCCUUCUCCGGGGCCCUCGUCUUUGGGCCUGGUGCCUCAGAGGCCCCCCCCGUCACCCUCCCUGACUCCUGUGGGCGGAGCGGAGUCCUCCUCGCCCCCGCCCCCUCCGACCAGCUCCUCCAGUUCCCUCUUCCAGCGCUCUAGCUCCAGCACGGAUGACCUGCUGUCCUCCAGCCCCGAGGGCCAACACGGGGGCCCCAAAGCAGCCGCCAACGUGCUACUGCCUACGAAAGCGGACCCCCAGGAUGGGCAGCGGCGGCGCGAGCCAGCCGGCGUGCGCCUCAUCGAGGGCGAUCCGUACGGCACGCUGGAGCGUACGCUGCGGCUGCAGGCGGAGCUGGAGCAUUUUGCGGCAACGGUGCAGGCGCUGGAGCGGGUGGCAGAGCUGGACGCCCUUUGGAGGGAGCUGCAGGAACUGCAGGAGCGCGACGUGCGCCAACUCUCCAUCGCUGUGGCACGCUGCUACAGUAUGAAGAACCGGCGCCAGGAUGUCAUGCCCUACGACUGCAACCGUGUGCUGCUGCGCUCCGGCAAGGACGACUACAUCAACGCCAGCUCCGUUGAGGAGCUGUCGCCCUACUGCCCCCGCUUCAUCGCCACGCAGGCACCGCUGCCCGGCACCGCUGCCGACUUCUGGCUUAUGGUGUACGAGCAGAAGGUGUCCCUCGUGGUCAUGUUGGUGUCUGAGCAGGAGCUGGAGAAGAAGGUGCCUUGGUAUUUCCCGUCGGAGCGCGGUCAGCAGCUGUCGCAGGGGCCCAUCACCUUGACGCUGACCACGCAGAAGACCACACCCACACACGUUGAGCGCAUGAUCAGUAUGCAGUACCGCGACCAGAGCCUCAAGCGCACCGUCAUCCACCUACAGUUCACGUCCUGGCCAGAACUUGGUCUCCCAGAGAGCCAGAGCAACCUGAUCAGGUUCAUCCAGGAGGUCCACACACACUACCUGCACCAGCGCCCGCUCCACACACCCGUCGUGGUGCACUGCAGCUCCGGGGUGGGUCGCACCGGCGCUUUCUGCCUGCUGUACGCGGCGCUGCAGGAGCUGGAGGCCGGGAACGGCAUCGCCGACCUGCCGCUACUCGUGAGGAAGAUGAGGCAGCAGAGAAAGAACAUGCUGCAGGAGAAGCUGCACCUGAAGUUCUGCUACGAGGCCGUCCUCAAGCAUGCUGAGCAGGUCCUUCAGCGCCACGGCAUUGGCGCCACCUCCUUGAGCAAGACCCCCGGCAGCACAGCAGUAAAGACUUACUCCCGCCAGGAGUCACAGGACCUCGUCCUCGGGGGGGACAUGCCCAUCAGCUCCAUCCAGGCCACCAUCGCCAAGCUCAGCAUCCGGCCCCCCAGUGCCCAAGAUCAAGGCCCCGUCCCCGAGCCUAUCCUCGAACCAGAACUGAGCAGCACCCCCAUACAGGAGCCCCCAGCCCCUUCGCUGAGCCCCCCUCCCUCCUUGUCCCCUCCCCCCCCAGCGAAGCCACAGUCCCCGCUGCUCCAACAAGGGCAGGGUAAUGGUUUGGAUGGCCCUGAGCCCACCCCCUCUGCUGCCAAUCACCACCCUGGGCCCACCUUGGCUGCACCCCUUGCCCUGGGUUCCGCCUCCUCUUCCCUGGAGCUGCUGGCCUCCUUGACGCCCGAGGCGUUCACCCUGGACAGCAGCUGUCGCGGGAAGUCUCGCAUCAGCAAGCAGAGCUUCCUACACCCACAUGAGGGCCAAGGUCUGCAGGGGGCGCCGUCGAGCGAUGACCCGCUGAGCACCCUGGAUCCACUGUGGUCCCUCAACAAGAGCUGAGUCCACUGAGCGCCUCCGUCCCUCUGCGUCCUUCCUCCUUCAUGCUCCCCAUCACUGUGUGUGUGUUAACCCUUCCUGCCCCGCCCCUGCUCCACUGAGUGGCCAAUCCUGAUCCUGGAGAGGGACCGAAGGCGGGGCCACAUUCCCCCUCCAUGAGCUCACUAGUCUAGUCUCGCACUACAUGGGUGUGUGUCCAUCUGUUCUUCAGUCGAACGAAUGUGUGUCUGCAGGGUCACCGUGUGGAUGGAACACAAACAGCAAAUGAGCAGAAAUUGUAACAAAUCUUUUUAACGCUCUUCUCUUUUUUUUUUUUCUUUCUGUAACUCUGUAAAUAUGAGUGGAAUAAAGACGUUGCACCGUCUCCUCAGUGGUUCCGCAUCAGCUGUUCACCUCUUUCACCCGUGUGGAGUUCUUUCUUGAUUUGAACUGGAGCUCCAAAGUUGCACUCAGUAAGAACUUUUAAAAAAAAAAAAAAAAGUUUGGGGUGUGAAAAUCUGAAAAAUUGCUAAACGUGUGUAUUGUUCAUGUUAUUGAUCAAGACGGCGGAGCGUCUGGCUGCAGCUGUAAAUACUGUGGAAGCAAAUUGGAU